AUGCGCUCGGAAUUUUCGGCAGCGCGGCUGAUAAAUUUACAUUCGCUCUGCGUCACUGCCCCACUACUAGGAGCCCGUGUAGCUGAUGAUAAGACUUCGGCUGGACAGAUCAUACGGUACACGGUAGUGUCUGUUGGAAUUCCAGGGAGGAAAACGUUAACAAGACUUGCGAAGGAGUGCCAGCGAGUCCGGCUGACAGCAAUCCUCACGUUCAUCGAUCUUUUCCAGAAUGAUUCGCCAAUGAUCUAUGCUAGGCCCGGAUCCAGGGGACCAAAGUCAUCGCCUGCCUUGAGCACGCCGGGUAUCGCUGCCGCUGUCCAUCUAGCUUCUCGAAGCACAGAGGUCGUUUCACCCCGCGGCCUAGUUUGUGAAUUCUUGGAGUGCAGUUUGCCGUCCGCCACGCCCGAGCCUUGA